AUGAACACAUUCUUGGUUGGCCAGAUGCGGGGAUCACUUCCGUUUGGUGUUGCAGUGGGCGACUUUAACGGAGAUGGCCAUCUCGAUAUCGUGGCUGCAAAUGUGGGCGGCAGUUCAAUAAGUGUCUUACUUGGGACUGGAGAUGGUAGCUUUCAGGCGCAGGCGAUAUUCGACGUUCAGGGCGCGCCUUUUGGUGUUGCAGUGGGCGACUUCAACGGAGAUGGCCAUCUCGAUAUCGUGACUGCGAAUGACGGCGGCUUCCAUGCAGUCAGCGUCUUCCUUGGGACUGGAGAUGGUAGCUUCGGGCCGCAGGCUACCUUUGACGUGGGCUCCGACCCAGUGGGUGUUACAGUGGGCGACUUCAACGGAGAUGGACAUCUUGAUAUCGUAACUGCGAAUCAGAACAGCAAUACAGUCAGCAUUUUGCUCGGAGUUGGAGAUGGUAGCUUCCUGGCGCAGGCUACCUUUGACGUGGGGACCAGCCCAGAUGAUGUUGCGGUGGGCGACUUUAACGGAGACGGCCAUCUCGACAUCGUGGCUGGGAAUGAGGGCAGCAAUACCGUGAGCGUCUUGCUCGGAGUUGGAGAUGGUAGCUUCCACGCCCAGGCUACUAUUGAAGUUGGACCUAAUCCGUUUGGGGUUGCAGUGGGCGACUUUAACGGAGAUGGCCAUCUCGAUAUCGUAGCUGCAAAUGUGGGCGGCGGUUCUGUCAGCGUCUUACUCGGGACUGGAGAUGGUAGUUUCCAUGCGCAGGCCACAUUCAAUGUGGGGAGCGGGCCGUUUGGUGUUACAGUGGGCGACUUCAACGGAGAUGGCCAUCUCGAUAUCGCGGCCGCGAAUAAUGGCGGCGGUUCUGUGAGCGUCUUACUCGGGACUGGAGAUGGUAGCUUCCAAGCGCAGGCCACAUUCAACGUGGGGACAAAUCCAGCGUUUGUUGCAGUGGGCGACUUCAACGGAGAUGGUCAUCUCGAUAUCGUGACCGCGAAUGAGGGAAGUGACACAGUGAGCGUCUUGAUCUGGAAACCUUGCGGCGCUUAG